UUACCUCCAAAACAAUUCAAUGAACAUCAAACACUUUCUAUUCUACAAAACAAUUCACACUCUCUCAAAACAAUCAUCAUUCCACCGCUCUCAUCCCUCGCUCACUCCCUUAUCUUCAUGCAAAACCCUAAAAUCUCUCCUUCAAUUCCAUGCCCGACUAAUAAUUUCAGGGUACAAGCCUGACAAUCACACAAACACCCUCCUCAUAGACUCAUACUCUUCCUUUAAAAGGACUGAUUUUGCUCGAUCUUUAUUUGAUUUUACGCCAAACCCAGAUGUAAUUUUGUGUAAUAACAUGAUUAGAGCUUAUAAUAAGACUAAUCAGUUUCAAGAAAGUCUUCAAAUGUAUCAUUUUAUGUGUGAGAAUAAAAUUGAGCCUGAUAAGUUUACUUUUACUUUUGUGGUUAAAGCUUGUACUGGGUUGUUAGACUUAAAAGAGGGUGUUUUGGUUCAUGAAAAGAUUGUGGAGAGAGGGUUGGAAGGUGAUGUUUAUAUUGGGACUGGGCUUGUUGAUAUGUAUUGUAAAAUGGGUGAUUUGGGUAGCGCUGAAAAAGUGUUCGAUGUGCUGCCUAAGAGAGAUGUUGUGACUUGGAAUGCUAUGAUUGCAGGGUUUUCGCAGAGUUUGGAUCCUGAGGAUGGAUUGGUGUGUUUUAAGAGAAUGCGAGUAGAGGGGUUGUUGGAGCCUAAUCCGGUUAGUUUGUUGAAUAUGUUUCCAGCUAUUUGUAAGUUGGGAGAUGUUAAGGCUUGUAAGUCUGUCCAUGGGUAUGUGAUUAGGAGGGAGUUUCCGGUGGCGGUUUCGAACGGGUUGAUUGACAUGUAUUGCAAGUGUGGAUUGGUGGGAAGUGGGGAAAAGGUUUUUAAUUUUAUGAGAUGUAGGGAUGAUGUUUCUUGGGGUACGAUGAUGGCAGGGUAUGAAAAUAGUGAACAUUUUGUUCGGGUUAUUGAGUUAUAUGAUCAACUGAAAGGAGAAAACAUGAUUAUGAAUAAGGUAUCAGCUGUAAGUGCUUUAUUAGCAGCUGCGGAGAUGAGGGAUUUGGAGAAAGGGAUAGAGAUUCACGAUUGCAUCAAGAACCAAAGGAUGUGUUCCGAUGUUCGGGUUGUUACUCCUCUUAUAACAAUGUAUGCAAAGUGUGGAGAGCUGCAGAAGGCAAAAGACUUGUUCACAGGGAUUCAAGAAAGAGAUUUGGUCUCUUGGUCAGCACUUAUAGCCUCUACUGCACAGUAUGGGGAAGCUGAAGAGGCACUUUCACUAUUUCGUGAUAUGCAAAAUGAAAAGUUAAAGCCAACUAAAGUAACUUUACUGGGCGUUCUUCCUGUUUGCGGGGAAUUGUUUUGUGGAAAAUUCGGAAAGAGCAUACAUUGCUUUGCUAUCAAAGCUGAUAUAGAUGGUGAUGUUUCAAUUGGAACAACCUUAGUAUCUAUGUAUGCUAAAUGUAACCUCUAUUCUUCAGCUCUAAUUGUAUUCAACAGGAUGCUACAUAAAGACAUUGUGACAUGGAAUGCAUUAAUAAAUGGAUAUGCUCAAAUUGGUGAACCUUACAAAGCAAUGGAUUUAUUUUGCCAGCUACAAUUGUCUGGGUUACACCCAGAUUCAGGAACAGUUGUGGGUGUACUCCCGGCUUGUGCUUUCAUAGAUGAUCUAGGUCAUGGUAGAUGCAUUCAUGGGACAAUUAUAAAGCUUGGGUUUGGAUCAGAUUGCCAUGUACAGAAUGCUCUGAUUGACCUGUAUGCCAAAUGUGGAAGUCUUUCAGCUGCCGAAUUUCUAUUUUAUAAAACCGAUUUGUUCAAAGAUGAAGUUUCUUGGAAUACAAUGAUAGCAGGAUACAUUCUAAAUGGACAUGCCCAGAAAGCUAUAUCCGUUUUCAACCAAAUGAAGCUCGAGGCUUUUGUUCCUAAUCUGGUCACAAUUGUGAGCAUCCUUCCUGCAGUAGCAUAUUUAGCAGCACUGAGAGAAGGUAUGGCUUUACAUUCUCAAAUAGUUCAAACAGGCCUUCAUUCUAAUACACUCAUUGGGAAUAGUCUUAUAGACAUGUAUGCCAAAUGUGGGCGUCUUGAUCAUGCUGAGAAAUUCUUUGUGGAGAUGGAUAAUAAAGACACAGUUACAUGGAAUGCUAUGCUUGCUGGCUAUGCAGUGCAUGGUCAUGGUGCUCAUGCAACUGAAUUUUUUACAGUGAUGCUAGAAAGUCACGUUAAAGUUGAUUCUGUGUCUUUUCUCAGUGCACUGUCCGCUUGUCGACAUGCAGGCUUGGUGGAUGAAGGGAGGAAAAUUUUCUACUCCAUUAAAGAAAAACAUCAUCUUGUCCCUAAUUUGGAACACUACGCAUGUACUGUGGAUCUGUUAGCUCAUGCCGGUUUAUUUGAUGAAACCUUGAGUUUAAUUGAGACAAUGCCUAUGGAACCUGAUGCUGGAGUUUGGGGAGCCUUUCUAGAUGCUUGUAAAAUGCAUGAUAAUGUUGAUUUAGCAGAAUUAGCACUAAAAAAUCUUGUCAGACUUGAACCAGGAAACCCUGCUCACUAUGUUGUAUUGUCAUCCAUUUAUGCGCAAUCUGGUAGGUGGGGUGAAGCAAGAAGCACAAGAUUACAGAUGACUGACACGGGAUUGAGAAAAACUCCUGGCUGUAGUUGGCUUGAGGAUAAAAGCAUGAUGCACAGCAUUUCAAGUGGGUGAAAAAAGUCAACAGACUUUAAAAUCAUGACAAAUUAUUGAGAAGAUUUCUCUUUACUAGAUCUUGAGCUGUUGCCAAAUCAGUUGGAUACUUUUAUCUAUGAUGUGAGAACGGAUAAAGAUUUAUCUGGACUUCAAAGUAUAGGAGAUCUUUCUGUCAUGAUGGUUAAGACACACAGACACACUGCUUAUCCUUUAGUUUAUCUUCUGGUUGAGUUAGCUCUGGUUCUACCUGUUGCCACUGCUACUGUUGAGAGAGUUUUUUCUGCUAUGAAAACGAUCAAGACUUAUCAGCGUAAUAGGAUGGGAGAUGCGUGGCUGAAUGAUAGUAUGAUGAUAUAUAUCGAGAAAGCUAUUUUUGCAAGUGUGGAUAACGAAGCUAUUCUACAACACUAUCAAAAUAUGCAAAAUCGCAGGAUCCAACUAUCAUCCAUCACUUCUUCAGAAAAGAAUAGUACAACUAUUGGAAAUUAAAGGUUCAGCAAACAAUGCAUGACUGCUUGAAUUUGAUAUUGCCUUCACAUGCACGGGAAUGCCUGCAACAACCUGGUUGCUGCUGUUGGCUGCGUUAAUUAAUCGAAAUUUCGGUCAAGGUAUUCAAUUGGGUUUCUAAAAUAUCAAUCAAAAUCUCAGGAGAUCCAAAUAUUCAUGGAUUUUAUUACAAUCACUGAUUUUGAAGCAUUUGGAGAAGAUUUUAUAUGUAUAUUUUGCAUCAUUAAAUCAGCCAUCAGUAAGUAAGAUUUCAUUGCAUUGACAAAUUAACAAAUUUCUAAUCAAAAGAAAAAAAUACAAGUUCAAAAUCACUAUUUAUAUACCAUAUUCUUCUCAUCACUUUCACUACUUUUCACCGGCUUUUUACUCUCACAGGUACAUAUAAAACCCUACACUAUCAUUAUGACAGUCUCUUUUUGUAUGUUUUUUGUAUAUAUUUGUUAUAAAUAACUCUGAUAUACAUGUUUGUCUAUUUGGUUGAUAUUGUAUAUGUUAAUGACGAGUCAUUUUACGUGUUUAUGCACUAGUGUUAUGGAUGAUGUACAUAUUGUUAAAAAACGAAAUGUUUAUGGUCAAUGGACACAAGAAGAGAGCAAAGCAUUGUUAAAAAUUAUGGUUGAUGCAGCAAAUCGAAGAUUGCAUGACAAUAGCGGUGUCUUUAAACAAAUCAUGGAAGCUAGAAUUCUUCCCACUCUUAAUUCAUAACUUGGGUGUAAUAAGACUUAUAAUUGUUAUUAUAGUCGACUAAAGUGGUUUAAAGGUCGAUGGAUCUCUUAUUCAACUCUUUAGAAGUUUAAUUUCGGUUUUGGUUAUGACUCAACUUCAAAGAAGUUUACCGCUCCCAAGGAAAUAUGGGAUGACUACCUGAAGGCUUGUUUAAAAGAUAAAAACUUGCGCGAUGGGGUAUCUGAUGAUGAUUAUGAGGACUUACAAAUUGUUGUCGGAGGCGGUGUCAUAUUUGGUAAAAGUUCGAUUGGAUUGGGUAAUGCUACUGGUGCAAGGACAUUACAAGCUAGUGAAGUGCAAGAUAUGUGCAUUGAUGACUUGAGUUAUGAUCUUGAGGAGUUUGAACAGUUUAACUCGCCACUGACGGGUUCUCGUGAAGUUUUUGAGUUGCCCAAGAAAAACCUUCUAACCAAAAGAAGCAAAAGCGAGUACGAGGGAAGUUCUAACUCAAGUAGCAACUAUCUUGAAAGUGAUAUUUAGAACAACUUGCUAAGCUCACCACAACUUGAAGGGGUUUAUGGCUUAUUGCAAAGAAUGAAAAGUGAAAGGAUGUAUACAACUUGGGAUGCUAUUAAGGAGGUUCCAUAUUUAAGUGACGAUGUUCGUUUAGAGGCAUUUAACUUGCUUUACACCAAAAUGAAAAAGGAUGGUUUCUUGAGAAUGAUUCCCCGAGAAAGAGCAAAUUGGAUACUUGGCAUGACAGGCAAAUAAUAAUUUUUACAAAUUUUAUUUGACAAUCAUCGAAUAAUUUUUAAUAAUCAGUGACAUUGGGUUGGAAGAACUUUCGUUUGAUUGGGUAUAUGAUUAUCAGAGUUUGGUUUGAAUAAAAUUAUGAUGACUAUCUUGUUUUAUAUUAAUUCAUUUCUUAUUGAUAAUUCUGGAGUAUCAGCUAUUUUUAUCAUAUCGUUGAUCAUUUUUUAUCCUUGGUUGUGCUGAUUGGGUGUAUGAUUUCUGUGAUUGUCACAUCUAUUAAUAAGUUAUACAGUGUUCAUCUUCUUAUGUAUUACUACCUUUACUGAUGUCAAUCUCCAAUUGUUGCAGACUGAUGUCUAUAAUUGGUGGACGCCAGAUAAAAAAUGGAUUCUGAAAAUUCUUAUAGAAGUAAGGAUUGCACCGAUCAUCUUCUCACUUCUGGAGUAUCUACAGGCUUCUAAUAAUGGAAAAUUAGAAAUUAUUGGAGAACAAAAUUGACGAAGAAGAGAUGGAAGAAGAGAUAGACGAUGAAUUUUAUGAGACGGUUAAGCUUUUGUGAUGAUAAUUGAUGCAAUUUUGACCAUCUUGAGAGAUUAUAUAAACAUGAUGCAUGAACCUAUCCGCCGUUCUCUUACACGAUGACCAGUAGCGAGACUCGGAUAUCAUUUUGUAAAUAAUUGAUGAAGAUUCACAUAAUUUUCGUGAAUUACAUAGAACAUAUGUCUUUCUCAAGCUGUGUUGUAUAAUAAAAAAAGGAACUUUUUGGGAAAAUACAAAAUAUGUAUCCAUUGAAGAAAUGUUAGCUACUUUUCUACUAAUUGUGGAAUACAAUGAUCACUGUUGUAAUGUUAGGCAAAAGGUUUAAUCGCUCACACUUUGCUACUGGUACAAAUUUUAACAAAGUUCCGAAUAUUUUGAACACUAUAGC